GGCAAAAAAAUCUGAUUAAGAUAAUGGAUCAUAUAAAAAAGGACCUUCAGAAAGUAGCAGAUGAUGAUUCUGAAUUUGAGAUGACGCGCAAAAGAAAAGCUCGGGAAAUCCUUGACAAUUGGAAGAAAUGGUCUACACAAAAGAAAAACCUGAAGCGUUCCAAUGGCGUGAAUAUUGGGAGUUUGCAAGUAAAAAAGAUCAAGCAGUUCGCUGGAAAUCAUGCGAACCAAAUCAUGGGUAAUAAUAUAACUUUAGGAACAAAAAAGGAUGAUCACGAAGAGUUACGGAAAACUCCCGAGCAUAAAAUAUAUUCAGAUUCCUUCGUUCCCCCAACCAGAAGAAGUGAAAGUGACGAUAAAGAAACUGACAGUGAUGCCUUUAGCCCAGAUAAGAGAAACCCUAAGAAUUUUACGUUCGAUGAAUUUGUAGAUGGGAACGAUGAAUAUGUGGAUGAUGAUCAAGAGAGUCUUUUUCUAGAUGAGUUUUUUUUGGAUGAUUCGGUUGCGCUUGAUGAUGGCAAUCCCAGCUUAUCUCAUAUUUUAUUAUUACAAGCUGAUAACUUCUCGGAUCUGCAGAUUGAACAAUUUUCCGGUGAUACUCUAGUAGAUUUUCGUAAACAUAUGCGCAAUAUAUAUAUAAUUAAAAACAAAGUCGCACAAAGCGUAAAGGCGAUAUUUCGAGAAUGCAUUGAGAUUGCACUUGAUGAAGAUCUCGGGCCGAAAGAAGCAGAAAAAACUUUAGAACAAUUAUUCACAAAGUCUUUUGAUGAUCCCAUUGACCAGAAAAAGUUCGAAAGGAUGCGGUUUGUCUUUUUACAGCUUAUGAGCGCAAAAGUCCGUAAACUUGCCAAUUUAGAUUCUUCACGAGCAAAGCAACCAGAUAUGAUCGGCAAUGUUGUAAAUAACAACAAAUCUAAAUACGAAAUGAUGUUUGGAGAGAUUACAGGAGAAGGAAAAAACAAUAACAUAAAGAAAAACAACAUGGAUCUUAUCAGACUAGGCAUUUUCAUGAAGGAUGCCCUUGAUAUUCUCAUUAAGAAGACAGGAAAGAAUCAUAUGACUUUUGCGUGGCAAACAAUUGUAGUGACAGUAUGGACGGGCUAUAUCAUGGAGAAAUAUGAGUAUGAAGUACAAAGAUUUCGUGACGAUAUUAGAAAAAAGAAAGAAGAUACACAUAGUUCUGCAGAAAUUUCUAGCCAUUUUGCGACUUCCUCCAGCAAUUCAGAAGAUAAAAUAGUUGAGAAAGUAAAAUCUUUACCAGAUACCAAGACCAAGUUCAGUAUAUCUACUGAAUCUCACGUUUCCAAUUCAUCUGGUUCGAAGCUAUCUCAAGAAAACAAUCCAGAAAUAAAGGUAAAUGUAUCAUUUAAUCCAACCCAUACCCAUGCUUAUUUUUGUAAUAAAAUAUUAGAUUAG